AUGGGAUCAAUCUGGAGCCAAUCGGUCUUGAUUCCUGCUCCAGCGCUCACAGUCGCAAAGCUGCCGGAUCAAUUUGGCAAAGUAGUGGUCGUUACUGGCGGCUACUCGGGAAUUGGCUCGGAACUGGCUGAGAUGCUGUAUUCUCGCAAUGCGACGGUUUUCAUCGCAGGUCGAGACGUGCAGCAAGCGAAAAAGUGCAUGCAGGGAAUCCAAACGAAGCAUGCCUCGUCCUCUGGUCGUCUCGAGUACCUGCAUCUGGACUUGGCAGAUAUGGUGUCCAUUCGGCGCGCGGGUGAAGAUUUCUUGGCACGCUCCGAUCGCCUUGAUGUCUUGGUGAACAACGCCGGUGUGAUGACGCCAGCGGUGGGAAGCAAAACUGCACAAGGGUAUGAGCUGCAGCUCGGCGUCAACUGCCUCGGGCCUCAUCUCUUUACGCAGCUCGUGAUGCCUCGCCUCCUGCAGACGGCGGAGACUGCGCCAGCUGGAAGUGUGCGAGUGCUCUGGGCUGGCUCGGUGGCAGUGGAGCUCGCACCUCGCGCAGGCAUGUCCUGGACAGAGGGUGUAGACGCAGCACCUGUAACGUCCAGCGACCAGGCAAGCAAUUACAGCAUCAGCAAGACGGGCAACGUGUUGCUCGCCAUGGAGACGGCUCGUCGGUACGGCAAGAGGGGCAUCAUCAGCGUGGCGUACAAUCCAGGCAAUCUGAGGACCGGCUUGCAGAGGCACAUGGCGUGGUGGCAGUAUAUGGUGGCCAGGAUGGUGUUGUAUUCCCCGCACCUGGGAGCGUGCACGGUGUUGUUUGCAGGGUGGUCGGAUGCCGUGACUUUCGCACUAAACGGCGCAUACGUCUGGCCCUGGGGUCGCGUUGGAAGUCUCCGGAAAGACAUUUUGCAAGCCACGCAACCCAUCGACUGCGGUGGGUGCGCAGUGGGGGAGCGGUUUUGGCUGUGGUGUGAGCGGGUCACUCAAGCCUAG